ACAGCGUGUAAAGCGUUGUCAGAUUUUGUUAUUUAUAUUUUUAAACGGAAAUUCAAGAGUUUUUUUUUUUUUGGUGAUGGAAAAUCAGAAGCGGCAGCCGCCGCGGGGGACAAUCGCCGAGGAGGAGGAGGCGGAGGCGGAGGAGGAGGUGGAGAUGGAGACGUUUUAUGCUCUGGUGAGAAAUUUUAAGGAAAUACGUGAUCGGUGUAGGAAGGAGGUGGUGAACGGCGAGGGCGGUGAAACGGCGGCGGAGAAAACGAGGAAGAGGAUGAAGACGACGGAAACGUCGCAGAAUCAGUCGAGUUGGAUUUUGAGGUUCGAGAGAGAGGAUUUCGAUGAGGAUUUACAAGUCGGAGGAACGGCUGUGGAGCUUCCGAAGCGUUGUUGUCUUGUUAAAGAAGACACUCCGGUGGCGGCGCCGCCGUCGAUGAAGAAGGAAAAGAAAGUGGCAAGUGGAGUUGAUUGUUUGGAUCUUAAUUUGUCACUCUAGAACUUCUUCAAUAUGUUUAAUGUGGUGUUACCAAAUAUGUUUUUUUUCCGGUAGAGAUAGACAUGUUUGAACGAGACUAAUUUAUUUAUGGAGUCUUUUACUUAUUUAACUUGCUAAAAAAAUCUCACUGAGAACUUGGACUA